CCCUCGCCUGCUCUUUCGCCAGAUCCGAAUCGCCGCAACUUUGCCCUGGCAGAUCCUGUUGCCUUUAGAUAUCUCGCCGAAGAUCCUUCGGUCAAGGUUCUCAAGAGUCGUGUCGAACUCGAGGGGUACGAAUUAUACCUAGUCGAACAAUGGGCAUGCUCGCGUCAGUCGCCGACCCUCGUCAUUGUCACAUAUACCGGAGACAGAAAACAUUCGGUGGUAGUGGGCGUGUUAUCUGUGCCAGCAGACGAAAGCCUUUGGACGCCGCGGCUGAAGGUCUACUUCAAAGCAAUACAACAGUAUCAUGCGAGGCCGAGGGAGACGAAGUUCGGCGAUCUAAUGGUCACCAACCUGAGCAAUUUUCCGUCUGCUCUGACGGUGAUCAUUGUCCCAGACGGCGAUAUCAAGGCACACAGGAAGGCGUUCAUCGUGAACGAGGACCUAAAGCGCAUGGGUUGUUCCGGCAGGUCAGGCAUGAGCUUGGCAGACCCAACAUCAGCCACACAAGCCAAGUUCUACUCGACAUACAAGAUUCAUGAGAAAGUCCCGCUCCUCGAAGCUGUCACGGACUUGGUCAUCCUGUGUCAGGUCGCACUCUUUCUCUUCGGCAUGUUGGAGCAAGCAUACAUCGAUGGCCUGCUUUGUGAUGUGACCGAGACUGCCAUUGGCAACUGGUGGACAGAGGUCGGGUCUGAGUACUACAACAUGGAACCAACAGACGGUAUCUUGGGUCCUACCACUGUGGCAGCCCUGCUGGGCAAACUCAUGGGCGCAAGGAAUCGGCUGAGCUCCUACGGUGCCCCUGUGACCAAGGAUGUGUUCGACAUUGAGCACACCAAGCGGGCCAUCGGCCAUUUUCAGAAAUCGCAGAAGCUUGAGAAGACCAGGAGGCUGGACAGGCAGACGUUGCGUCAAUUGCACAAUGUCACUGCCAAGGCGGCGGCAGGCGAGGAAUGGGGCGUGCAGAAAGCCAUCAACUCGACCGUCUCCCAGUUUGGCAAGAGAGGGGAGAUUCUGAGCGGUGUCAUCGGCACACGCGAGAAAGCUGGCAUCAGCGAAAUUGAGACUGUCGAUAUUGACAAGUUCAAGGAGUUGGUCCAUGGCGAGCGAGGGAAGUGGCUCUGGCGUGGAAAACCCCGAAGGGUGGCUCCGGACAAUCAUGAUCGGUCCCUUCCCGACAUGACCAACAUCCUCUUUGAGAAGGAGAAGGAGAAGGAAAAGGAGAAGGAAUCCACGGGGCCAAGCCGCAAGAUCUCUCUCCCGCCCGACGAGGCGGACCUGUCCCUGAAGACCAGAGAGACAAUGACCAGCAUGUACUCCUUGCCCACGCCAGGCCCGACCUUUAAUGUGACGGACAGUCCCGCAGACGGAGCCAUUCAUAAGCAGAUGUUCAAGAGCGUUGCGGACCGAGUCAGCGACGCGCGCUCUGGACUCGGCCGCAUCAGAGAUGCUGUGGGCGGAGGUCUCAAGGGCCACAGCAGUCGUCCAUCGAAAGACGAGUCCUUUGAGGCCUCCGCGUUCAGUCCGAGCAUAGGGAGCUUGGUGCAAUCCACGAGCCUCAUCUCGAGUCCAGUGGCAUCGAGUUCAGGAAAAGUAUUCACAUGGCAGAACAAGCCUCAGGAGUAUAUGAAUGCAUUCCAGAGGAAGCAUCCAGAUAACGUGCAGGCUGUGAACGAAGCCACGCAGACAUCCCGGACGACCUCUGCAGCAAUUCUGUCCCCUCCGCAAGAAUCUGCACACAACAUUUCGGCUGUGGACGGAGACCUUGAUGUACGCAGAGAUCUGACUGUCGAUGUCUCAGCCGCGCCGUCUACCGUCGAUGAAGGCGAUCUUCUCGGGCCGUUCUUACAGGCCGAGCGCAACGGAGACCCAUCAUAUUCGGCACUACAGAGACGGCACAGCGUGGCAACACCAGAAGCUCCCCUAGAACGCCCCCUGAACGAAAACCGCUGGCCGCGCCGGCUCUCGUUCAGCGCCGCCUCGGAGGCCGUCUUAUGCUGGGACGAGCUUGUUGACCUGAACGAACAGCCCGCCACCUUGGAGGAACAGUUAGCUGCGGCAGAACUCACACAGUCUCUCUACAGCCACAUCCUCACACUCCAGACCUCCCUGUCACCAUGGGUUACCUCUAAAGUGAACGACGUGGAAGCAUUGAAGGAAGCUUACAAGACCCAAGACGAGAGUCUGCAACAGGCCUACUAUGCCUUCAGCGACGAGCACCAGCGGAUCAAGCAGAACUCGGCGGAGAUGAUUGCCGAGGAAAGGGGCAGGGUGACCAUGGCGGUUAAGGACGUCGAGGUGCAGGUCGCGAAGCUGGAGUACGAGAUUAACGCACUGCUAUCGAAAGUGCAGGACGUGGAAGAUGGGGUGGCUGGCUUUGAGGCCACUGUUCUCGAAGUGGAGCAGCAGGCCGAGGAGCUGAAGAAGCAGCUCGAGACGGAGAGUUUCUUGCACUGGCUGAUGAGGACGCUUACGGGGAUAGGCACAGGACCGGAUACCACGCGA